ACACCUCUAAUGUACAUAUUACUCAUAGCAGCGAACAAAUUGCAAAAAAAGAGCAAUCUGUUUAUGUGUGGGAAACAGCAGCUACAGCAGCAGCAGCAGCAGCAGUGCAGCGGCAGCAAGAGCUAAAGUGAAUGUGAACAUAAUACCCGUGUACCUUCCUCACAGCCCCCUCUGCGCCCACAGAGUGUGUGUUUGUGUGUGUCUCUCAGUGUGUGCGAACCGAACUGGCAGAUUACACAGUGCCCCCCCUCCCUUUACGACGGAGUUUUCUCCAGGCAACUGUCGCACCUGGCGCACUUGGCCGCUGACACGGAGCACCAAGCACCUGGAAAGCUAACCAUCUGGCCAUCUGGUGGAAACUGGACCCUGAAAAGUGGUCCCAGCUGCUGGCAGACAAUAGAGAAGCGACCGGACGAUCCGUACUGCUGCUGCUGGCCCGUGCCUUGCUCCAUGCCCGGAUUCCAUCUCAAUGAAAUGGGCGAAAUGGUCUUGGACGCCAUCGACGACAUCGGCGUGGUCGAUGUGUACGACCUGGCCUCGGAUAUUGGCAAGGAGUACGAGCGGAUAAUGGAUCGCUUCGGAACGGACGCGGUGAGUGGGCUGAUGCCGAAGAUCAUCAACACGCUGGAGCUGCUGGAGGCGCUGGCCACGAAGAACGAGCGCGAGAACGCCACCAUACAGGAUCUGCGGGACAAGAUCACUCAGCUGGAGAGCGAGAAGCUGGAGAAGGCCGAGUUCCGGCGCCGCUUCGAGAAAGAGCUGGAGCUCAUCGAGGAGCAGUGGCGCAGCGAGACCAACGAGCUGGUGGACCUAGUCUCCUCGCUGCAAGACGAGAACAAGCGGCUGGUGAAGCAGACGCAGGACUUGCAGUCCUCCUCCGCCCAGAGCUCCGGCCUGGGCGCCAGCCUCACCGAGAGCAUCAUCAGCAUGACCAACAAUGAGCUGCACAGCGCCCUGUCCGACACCCAGGUGCUGCAGCGACUCAAGGAGCAGAUUUACAAGCAGCGGGACGAGCUGAAGCAACGCGAAAGAGAGCUCCAGGACAAGUACAGCGAGCUGGAGCAUCUCAACAUCCAGUCGGAGCGUCUGAAGGGUUCGGAGCGGGACACGAGGCGGCGCCACAAGCUGAUGCAGGCACAGGUGAAGACGCUGUGCGAGGAGCGAGCCGAUUUCCUGGCCCAACUGCAGGACCAGUGCCGGGAGAUCAAUCAGCUGCGCAAGCGCCUCGGUCUGGCCGAGAAGGAGAACGAGGAUCUGGUGCAGUCGUACGACGAUGAUCAGAACGAUCCCAAUCGGCCGCGCUAUACCACGCGUGAGCUCAAGGAGCUGAUCAGCGAGAGGGACGAGCUGCUGACCACCAUCGAUGGCCUCAACGAGCAGCUGGCCGAGCUGAAGCCCCCCAGCCAGCUGAAGGCCAAGCGGUCGCGGCAUAUCUCCAGCUCGGAUGACAGUGACGAUGACGAGGGUCAUUUGGCAGACAACGACGAUGAUGACGACGACGAUGAGGAGGCGGCUGAAGCGGCAGCCGAACUGGAGCCCCCACUCGCUGGGGAGACGCCGCCUGGCCACGAUGCGCCCGUGCAGGGACCUCUGCCGUAUGAGCCGGACGACGCGCCCUGGAAGAAGAGCUCCGAGUCGGGCAUACGCAAAUUCUUCCGCAAACUGUUCUCGGAUCCGUCGGAUGGCAAUAAUACAUUCCCGAAACGUUCCUUGGCCACGCUCUCCAAGAUGGCGCUGUCGGCCACACCAGGGUCUGUGUCGGGCUCGGCCGCCGCCGCCGCCAUAUCCUUUUCCGGCGAGGCAGCGAAGUAAGAGCCCCCCCCUAAAGCAUCAUCACACGCGUUGAAGUGCAUCUCAUUAUUAUUUGUUUUUGAUUUUUGUUUAUCUCUUUGUUUUGUUUCUGUUUCUGUCUUUUCUGUUUUGAUUUUGAUUUUGUAUCUUUUUAUCUGUUUAUCUUCCCACUCGCCUGCAUCACUCCGCCUGCAUCCCAUUUAUUUAUUUAUGUAUUUAUUGUUUCUUAUUGUUUUCAUCUGUUUUAGUCUGUCUUUGUCCCUCGCUAUAUACCUUCUCCGUUUAAGCUGUACAUACAUAGUUUAUACACUCGAUUGCUGUGCCCUCGUAAUCCUAAGUUGUUAUGCGAUUUUAUUUACGUAACUUUUUGUACAUCUUUUGAUAUCUAUUUGUAUUUAUUCUAACUUAAUUUGUAACUUAAUGCCUCCGGCCAGGGGCCCCUCCACUAAGGUACUACUAAUCUAGGCCCUGACUAGCAGGCAAUCAACACAACCACACACAACACACAUCCCAUCCUCCCAUCCCCCCACAUCCAAACAUACAUACAUACAUUCCUCGAUGUAAACACAUAAAAAGACAAAAAUUACCCUAAAUACGAGUAUUUGAGUGAAGAAACAGAACCAGAAGUGAGUUUAAACUGAAUUUAACUAUAUGAGCCCAGUCCCUGUCCCUUUGUAGAAUGUGUAGAAAGAAGGAACAGAAUGAAAUGCUGAAAGAGUGCAUAGAUUGUAUUUGUAGAGAACAGGCGCAGCAGAACCAGAUCAUGCCUAUACCAAAAACAAAACAAAAAAAAUAUAUUAAAUCAAAAAAAAAAACUAGAGAGGAAAACAGGAAAAGAGGGUUACUUCCAUUAGCUACAAGUCGAUCUAUUAAUCUAUUUAUACCGUCUCUCCUUUCUCCCGCCACCAGGAUCUACAUACAAAUAUACCCAUAGCCAUACUAUCUAUAUCUGUUGGUAGAUAUUUUAGCCUUUUCAUAGCAGUUGCCCCCAGCGGCCUUAUUAUAUUACAAAUUUAUCAAAAAUACGACAAAAAACGUUUAGAUGAAAUGGGAAAAAUUAAAGCAAAUUGAUGAUAGAUACUAUAUACAAAAACAUAUUUGAAUAAUUAGCGAAACGUUACAACCUUAGCGCAUUGUUUGUUGAAUUGAAUUGCAUAUUGAAUAUUGAAUUAAAAAACUAAUCGAAACGAAAUCAAACCAAGUGAAGUAAGUUAGAUUCCCAUUGAAAGCCAAGGCUUGCGAUAGAGAGCGAUAGAAGAGACGGAGGGAGCAUAAUCAGAACCAGAAUCAGAAUCGAAUAGCCAGAAGCAGAAGCAGAAUCAGAUAAUGUUUUUAGCCAAAAAAAAUGUUUUACCAUAGACUUAGAAAUAGCCAAGACUCGACUCGAAUUGUUGUUAGCGAUUUAGCGAAUGUGAAUACGAAUUACAAGUGCACAUGCCUAUACAAACAUACAUAAAUAUGUGUAGUAUAUAUAGAAAUAGUAGGGUUAUUUGUACAUGGCUUGCGAAAUGUGUGCUCAGUUCACUUGUGGCUGAGAAAUCUCUACAGAAGAGGCAGCAUGUCACAAAAGGUCAAAGCAUUCUCAUGGCAUAUGGCAGCGCCUCCCUCAGAACAAAAUGGUCAUAGAAUUCACAAAUAUAAUCCAGGAAACGAUUCCAAGUUCAUUAUGUGUACGUAGCAACUCUGCAUCGAAGCGAGUCCUUGAGCCUAGAAUACCCUACGAAAGAUUACAGUGUGUCCUUUCUUGCCUUGAAAUUUUCAUUAUGUUGGAAUGGAUUACAAACUAUUUUGGAAGCUCUCCAUAAAGAGUUCAGUGCAGUCUCAAGCUACUUCAAGAUCUCUGUUUUAAGAAAAUCAUUUAAUUUUCCUUAUUUUCUGCUCCGCCUCCCAAACCCCCUGAAAGCACAAUGCGUGUGUUCCCCCAUUACAUAUCAGCGAUAUCGAUUGAAAUGUGCCAAAGACUAAUUGUCAAUCCCAAGCACCCCUGCAACAGCCGGCCCCACAAAACCGCAAUCCCCACAUCCUACUCCUCAAUCGAUCAAUCAGCCAAUCAACAACACUCGUUUCAAUUAAAUACAAAUUGUGGCAACUGAAUUUUUAUAUA